AUGGCCGCGCCCACGCAGAGCAGCCCGCUCCGCCGAUGGAAGCGUUUCUUCCGCGCCUUCGACUCUGUGGAUGCCGCCAUCAAGCCCUCCGACCCUGACCACUCACGCGGCGAGCUUCGGCGCGCCAGGGUCGACAUCGUGGAGCAGCUCUGCGACGCCGCGGACGAUGAUCAGGCGGAGCGCCUCUGCAAGAUUCUCGACGACCACAUGGCGGAGUCCCUUGAGACGCUGCGACUGGUUCCCGUGAUGCCCAACAUGUUGAUUUCCACGGACCUCGGCAAGUCCGUCUGCGCGCUGCGCAGGCACGAGUCGGAGCGCGUCCGCGUCCUGGCCAGAGGCCUCGUGAGCGGGUGGAGGGCGUCGAUGCACGACGAGCUCACCAAGGUCAGAGACGCCUUGCACAAGCUUGACAACAUCAACAUGCCGCAGACAAAGGAGAUCACCGUCGAUCAGCAGCAGCAACAUGUCUCCGCCGAUUCUGACAUAGCCAAGACGAAGGUGCCGGUCAUGAAGACGGUGGCAAUCAGAAAGGAUGCGCCCGGUUCCACCGCGCGGGACCGUGCUGGCCUCUGCUCCGAGGAGAAGAUGGAAGCCGCGAAACGCAAAUUCCGCCAAGGUUACCAAGAAGCAGAGGACGCCAAACGGCUGCGCAGGACACAAUUGGUGCAGGCGCCCAAGAUGAUGCAGCCAAUCAGGAGCGGUCUUCUUACAAGAUUGAAGAAACUCUACUUGGAUAACAACCAUAUGUCUGGUGAGCUGCCAUUGGCCCUAGGUAACUGCUCAAAUCUCGGAUACAUUACCCUCAGAAACAACAGUUUUACCGGGGAUCUUAGUAAAGUCAACUUCACCAUGUUGGAUCUGAGGAUAGCUGAUUUUUCAAUGAAUAACUUCACUGGUACAAUUCCUGAAAGUAUCUGCUCAUGCACCAAUCUAAUCGCGUUACGCCUGGCUUUCAAUCAAUUUCAUGGCCAGUUCUCACCAAGCAUUGUAAAUCUCAGGUCCCUAUCCUUCUUUUCAAUUACUGGCAACUCUUUUAUAAAUAUCACAAAUGCACUUCAGAUGCUCAAGGGCUGCAAGAAUCUCACCUCCCUGAUGAUGGGAACCAAUUUCAAGGGUGAAACCAUACCACAAGAUGAAACAUUUUAUGGUUUUGAGAGUCUUCAGGUAUUGACCAUAGAUGAUUGCCCAUUGACCGGGCAAAUCCCUCUUUGGAUAUCAAAGCUUGCAAAAUUGGAGAUGCUAGAUUUAUCAUUAAAUCAACUCACUGGACAAAUACCAUCCUGGAUUGAUGGACUGGGCUUCCUGUUCUCUCUAGAUAUAUCAAGCAACAAACUUACAGGGGAUAUACCAGCUGCAUUGACAAAGAUGCCGAUGUUACUAUCAGAGAGAAAUGCUGCCAAGUUGGACACAAGGUUCCUUGAGUUGCCUGUAUAUUGGACACCAUUACGUCAAUACCAGAUCCUGAAUUUAAGCUCCAACAGCUUAACUGGUGAAAUACCACAAGAAAUCUGCAACCUCACAAACCUGCAAACGCUUGAUCUGUCAAACAACCAGCUCAAAGGUGCAAUAUCAUCUGCGCUGAAUGGACUGCACUUCCUUUCUAGAUUUGAUGUUUCUAAUAACAUGCUAGAAGGAUCAGUUCCAAGUGGAGGACAGUUUGAUUCCUUUUCAAAUUCCAGCUACAGUGGGAAUCCAAAGCUAUAUGGACCUAUGAUCGACAAUGACUGCAACUCGAGACCAUCUUCAGCCUCUGGGAAGCGACGGAACAACUUGCGUCCUGCAUUAGUUAUUGGAAUCAUCGCGGGGGGACUCAUUGCUCUCAUUUUGCUUGCAUGCUUCCUUAUUGCAAGGUUAGCAUAUGAUGAUCACACUGAAAAUGUGGUUCCCCUUCGAAGCAGGCGGUGAUAGAGAUCUUAAGUUCUUAACGGACGCGGUGCUGAAAUCUGGUUCUUUGAACAUUGUGUUUUUCUUCCCUCCUGUACUAAGACAUGGCUUAAGUCUUCAUUGUUUGCCAGGACUUUAUGCGCGUCAUUCCCAGU